AUGGAAGAAGAGAAAAGAAGAGAUGAAGAAAGGAAAAGACUUGAAACAUUAAGAAUAAAGAAAGAGAUACAAAGGAGAAAGGAUCUGAGAUUGAGAAAGUUGAAAGAAGAGAAAGAUAGGUUAGAAAGUGAAUUGAAUAAACAAGAGAACUCAUUAGAUAUGUUAGUGAAAGAGCCUUUACGUGAAAGAAAGAUGAAGUUUGAAAAUGAAAGGGAAAGUUUAAGAAAGACAGACAGAGAAAAGAUAAAAGAUAGAGAGAAUGAACGCUGUAUGAAAAGCAAUGAACACGUGAAAAAUAAGUUAUUAAAUCCUUCAAUUCCCUUUUUGACAGAAAACACAUUUGAAGAGUGGAAAUUAGAGGUUGAAGUGAUUAUUGAUUCUGAUAUGUAUGAUGAAAAUGUGUUAAGACAAGCAGUGAGAAAUUCUCUUCGUGGUCAAACAAGAAAAAUAUUAUUAACAAUACCACCUUCAACUUCAACAAGGGAAAUAAUCAGCAAAUUAGAAAAUGUUUAUGGAAAUGUACGAUCAGGUGAAUCCGUUCUGUCUGAAUUUUAUAUGGCAAAACAAAGAAGUGAGGAAGGAAUAACAGAAUGGGGAAUAAGAUUAGAAACUAUUGUACAGAAAGCUAUUGAGAAAGGACAUGUAAGCGAGAGUCAAAAAGAUGAAAUGUUAAAGACAAGAUUUUGGAGACAGUUAAAGAGUGAACAGUUGAAGAAUGCUACCAGAAUGUACUUUGAGACUGCUAAGUCAUUUGAAGAAUUAAGAAAGAAAGUGAGAUUGGAAGAAUACGAAAUGUUAGGUGAAGAAUACAGCAUAGAAGGGAAAGAACGAGUGGUAGAUAGACAGAUAGAGACAGUAGUCGGAGGAAAAAUUUUGAAAGAUUUGGCUCAUAGAAUGACUCAGUUAGAAGAUGAAAUGAAGAAGAGGAGAGAAGAAGAUUACAAAGAGAAGAAUAAGUAUAAUGACAUGCAAAGAACCGAUAGAGGGAGGAGAAGAUAUGAUGGAGAGAGACAAGGAUAUAGAUCGAAUAGAGAAUAUAGAAUAGAUAGAAGAGAUACAUAUAGAGACAAUUAUGACUACAGAAAUAGGAGGAGAUAUGAUCAGAGUGAUAGAAGAAAUGAUAACAGAAUUUACAAGGAGUACAACAGAGAUGGAGGAGAAGCUGAAUAUAGAGAUUACCGAGAGAGAAGAGAUAAAUAUGAGAAUAGAUACAGAUUUGAUAGAGACAGAAGACAAUACCAUGAAAGAGACAUAUAUAAUACAAAUGAAAGACAGUCACGUUAUAGUGGAGAUAAUGACAGAAGAGAAUAUAGAUAUACGAAAGACUACAGAUAUUAUAGACAGGAUGAUAAGAAAAACAUAGAAGAACAGAGACAAAGAGUCACUGAUAAUAAAGGAAGAGAAUGGAGAGACAGAGAUCGUGAAAGGACAGAUACACAAUAUUACAGAGAAAAAGAAGAAACACAAAGAAAAACAGAGAGUAAUACAAAUGAAAAGAGAAUGGAUUUAAACUCGAAGGCGUCUCUGUCGGGGGGCAGAUAG